CGCCUAUUGCUUGCAGACGAUGUCGCGCGGCCUCUUCCAAAGAACUUGGCGUCUUGCGAGACCUAUUAGAUGUUGCAAUCUAUUUUCACCGAGGUUUCGGUGAAGAUCUGCCUCCACAAGGAAAAUGGCUGGCAGAGUACUAAGGCACUUGGUUAACGGAGUGGUGGCGGCUCCGUUGCGACGAUACAGUAGCUCAGGGCCGAAAAAAGUGACCCUCAUUCCUGGUGACGGUAUUGGACCAGAAAUUUCAGCGUCGGUACAAAAGAUAUUUGCUGCUGCUCAAGUUCCUAUUGAAUGGGAGUCAGUUGAUGUGACACCUGUUAGAGGUCCUGAUGGGAAAUUUGGCAUUCCACAAGCAGCUAUUGAUUCCGUCAAUAGAAACAAAGUGGGCCUCAAAGGCCCACUCAUGACACCUGUUGGCAAGGGCCAUAGGUCUCUCAAUCUAGCUCUUAGGAAAGAAUUUAACUUGUAUGCAAAUGUGCGGCCUUGUAGGUCGCUGGAAGGCUAUCGGACACUUUAUGAUGAUGUUAAUGUUAUUACCAUUCGUGAAAAUACAGAGGGUGAAUACUCUGGUAUUGAACAUGAAAUUGUGGAUGGGGUUGUACAAAGUAUAAAGCUUAUUACAGAGGAAGCAUCUCGACGAGUAGCGGAAUUUGCCUUCCACUACGCAAAAGAGAAUGGCCGCAAGAAGGUUACUGCAGUACAUAAAGCUAACAUCAUGCGAAUGUCAGAUGGUCUUUUCCUGCGUUGUUGCCGUGAAGCAGCUGAAAAUCACCCUGACGUAAAAUUUGAAGAGAAAUAUUUGGACACGGUAUGCCUGACAAUGGUUCAGGAUCCCAAUAAAUAUGAUGUUCUGGUGAUGCCCAAUCUGUAUGGUGAUAUCUUGUCAGAUAUGUGUGCAGGUUUGGUCGGUGGACUUGGCCUUACACCAAGUGGAAAUAUUGGCCUGAAUGGUGCUCUUUUUGAAUCGGUGCACGGUACUGCUCCAGACAUAGCAGGACAAGACAAAGCCAAUCCUACUGCACUCCUGCUUUCUGCUGUUAUGAUGUUACGCUACAUGGAACUCAAUGACUAUGCAGCACGAAUAGAGCAAGCUUGCUUUGAUACUAUCAAAGAAGAAAAGUACCGCACAGGGGAUUUGGGCGGUCCAGCAAAGUGCUCGGAAUUUACUAAUGAAAUCUGUCGCAAAAUUGAAGCUUCACACUAGAAAAUGUUAACCAAGACAAUAAAACCCACUUGUUAAUCAACUAUAUUGUUGAUAGUUUGUAAAGAGUUUGAAUUGUAAAUGAACAGUUUAGUAAUAUUUAUUUAUUGUUGUAGGAAACUGCGAAUUCUCAAGUGUUAUUUAUUUAAUUACUAGUCUGUCUUUUAUAAUUGUAAGACAUUAAUGCCAAAAACUGUUAGUCAUGUCCUGUGCCACAGUGAUGGCAUUGAAGACAAACUAUGUUGAAUAAAGCCCAGAGUUGUGUGAAUAAAUAUUAUUAUUUUUUAAAUA